GCCAGUAGUGUGUAGAAUACCGUCAUGUACAUACAUACUAAAAAUAUGAAACAAUCUUAUCUUCGUGCACCGAAUCGACGACUAAAGGCUCGAUUAAAUCAGAAUAACAUUGCGGUGCUACCCAUCAGCAGUUGGUCUGUGGCGAUCGUUGGUUUUGUACCGAGGUGGAACUUAAACGCUCUCUACAGCAGGAAUGGAUUACAACAUUUCUCGAAGUGAAGGUUAUCUGCAGCAGAAAUGGGACGCUUUCCUGGACGUGGUCGGUGAUGAUCCGGAACUGCUCUACGUGUGGUACCAGUCGCUGUACGUGUACUCGUUUUACUGGCUAAUGGGAUCACUUUACAUAAUGAUGGACAUCACCGGGCGCCCUCGGUUCCUACGCAAGUACAAAACCCAACCGGGAAUGAAUGAACCGCUCAGCUGGAGUGAUUUAAAGAAGAUCAUUAAAACCGCUUUUGUCAACCAGUUCUUGAUCGGUCUGCCCCUGUCCUAUGUGCUCUUUCAUCUGUUUGCCCGAAACGCGUAUCCCGACGUGCGGACGCUUCCCUCAGCGUUGGAAAUCGUACGUGACUUCGUCAUUAGCAUCAUCCUGUGGGAGGUUGGCUUCUACUACAGUCAUCGGGCACUGCACCACCGGUUCCUGUAUCGGAUUGUGCACAAGCAGCAUCACGAGUUCAGCGCCCCGGUUGCGUGGGCCGCCAUGUACGCCCAUCCGGUCGAGCACAUUCUUAGCAGCAUGAUCCCACCGAUGCUGGGAAUCGGCCUGAUGAAGAGUCACUUCGUAACGACGCUGCUUUGGUUCUCGUACGUGAUGCACGACACCUUGGCGACCCAUUCCGGGUACCAUUUGCCAGUGCUGGGCAGCAGCGAGAGGCACGAUUAUCACCACUUGAAGUUCACACAAUGCUACGGCGGUUGGGGCGCGCUCGAUUGGCUCCACGGCACCGAUGCCCAGUAUCGCAAAUCCAAAAACUAUCGACGUGAUCGGCGGCUUUGGAGCUGGAAAUCCGCGCGGGAACUCGUCCCCGAUAAAUAGACAAUAACGUGUCGGGGUCAGCUGGCAACCAGCAUUGAACGACGCGAGGAUAGUGAAAGGAACUCAUGCUGCUGGUCGACGUCGAAAGUGGGACGCAACCCAUAGCCAUACUACAAUAAUAGAUCGAGUAAACUAAGCAUGGACCACCGUCUCCCGGCUGAUAGUGUAAAUAUAAGGGUAACGUGCCAUUGCCAUUGUGCUAGUAACAUUUAUUUAAUGCCGCUUAGAAUAAUAAAGUUCAAUCGGGUCGCAACCCGUUAAGCUCA